AUGGCCGGUUUGAUAGACAUAAUACCCAUUCAUAUCACACAAUCAGUAACCGUCUAUAAUGAUGUCCAGACAUCGCUGGGCGAUAGGGCACAGUUACCAUGCAAUGUAACGGCACCGUCGGAUGACGAUUCGGUAACAUUGGUACUCUGGUACCGAAGUGAUGUGAAAAUAUUGCCCAUCUAUACGGUCGACAUACGACACAACCGGGAAAAAGCAAAACACUUAACCCACGAAGUGUUGGCCGACAGAGCCUUUUUCAAUCUAACCGUCCGGCCGGCUAUACUUCAAUUGUAUCCCAUACUGGAAACCGAUUCGGCUGAAUACCGGUGCCGAGUAGACUUCCGAUGGGGUCGUACUCUAACAUCUAUUGUCAAUCUUAAUGUCAUUGUGCCUCCAAAAAGGAUAUAUAUAACGGAUGCCCGCAAUCAACAGUUAUCACGUCUUGUGGGACCAGUUGAAGAGGGAUCUGAUGUACGGCUAAACUGUAUAGUGGAGGGCGGAAAGCCCAGUCCUAUAGUGCACUGGUAUCGCGAUAACGUACUAAUAGAUAGCACGUCAUCGACUAUUACUACCACUUUGAUUGUUGCCGAUGACGGUACUAACGACUCAUCUUCAUCCUCAUCAUCAUCAGCCACUACAGGCAUAACAUCCAGCAGUACUACUACAUUGUUAGCAUCGUCGUCAUCGUCAUCAUCGUCAGUGUCGUCAUCAUCAUCGUCGACGACGACAACAUCGAUAUCACGUGUAAAAAAUGAACUCCUAAUUGAAGACAUUCGCCGAAAUCAGUUAAACUCAAUCUAUAGUUGUAAUGCAAUUAAUAACAACAUCUUCAACAACAACAACAACAUUAGCCAACAACAAACAUCUUUGCCGGCACUGUCCUCCCCGUCGUCAUUGUCGACACUUUCAGCAUUUGUCACGUUUGAUAUUUAUGUUAAGCCGACAGACGUGAAGAUAAUAUCUAUAAGAAGACCGCUGUCUUCAGGAAAGAAAUUUGAGUUAAUUUGUCGGUCGUAUGGCUCGAGACCUCCCGCCCAACUCACUUGGCUUAAGGAUAACAGAUUGCUAUCUAAAACCCGAGAGACGUUUUCAGAUGAGGGAAACGUGACGACCAGUGUUCUCGAGUUUACUCCCAGUGCUGAAGAUCACGGCUCGUAUCUGAACUGUCGGGCAGAGAACCUACGGUUAGCCAACAGCUCCAUACAAGACCAAUGGCUGCUCAGUAUAUUCUUCCAACCGAAAGUAAACUUAACAAUGAAAACCAAUUCACCGAACGGACUGGUAGUCGAGGGAAGUCAGCUAUCGAUGGAAUGCCUCAUUUCUGCCAAUCCAUCUGUAGUUGAGGUCAAAUGGCUAUUCAACGGAACGCCUUUAAAACAAGACAUACAAAAAGAUUUAUACAUAAGAAAUGCCAGUCUUGAGAUACGGAGUGUCAGUCGCGAAGAUGAAGGCCUUUAUCAGUGUUCGGCCUCUAAUUUAGAGGGAAAGUCGGAUAGCAAUGAUAUACGGCUUCGUAUACACUUUGCACCGAUUUGUAAGCAAAAUCGCUGGAAUAAUAGUAUCGGUGCCGCUAUUGGCGACACAAUUGAAUUGGUUUGUAUGGUUGAGGCAUCACCUGCUUCUGUCACAUUUGACUGGACAGUCAACCGACUGGCAAUUGACAACAACAACCAUAACAACAACAACGAUGACAAUCAUAUGCAGAAGCACUCGGAUCAACAUCUAACCAGUCGUCUACUCUAUACGGUUAACAAUAGAGAUAGCUAUGGUAUCAUUGAGUGUACGGCCAAGAAUAUAGUCGGCCGACAACGACAGGCCUGUCAUUUCAAUAUAAUAGCCGCCGGUCCACCGGAAUCGGUAAUCGACUGUAGAGUUAGUAAUAUAACUGAGGCAUCAUUUCUUGUUGAAUGUCUGGCCGGCUAUGAUGGAGGUCUGAAUCAGACCUAUCAUUUGGAUAUAUAUGACGACUCGGAGCUCAAGAGAUUAGUGAAAAAAUUGUCAAAUAAAUUGAAACCCAUAUUCCUGGUGGAAGGCCUACGAUCGGGACAUAUAUUUUUUAUGAACAUAUAUUCGGUAAACUCUAGGGGCAAGAGUACUGAUCAGACAAUAACUAGUAAUACAUUGACUAGUUUAUCAUCGUUAUCAAGUGAUGCCAAACAACAGGAGGAAUGGCAACCAUUUUAUAUGGAUUUGAAUCCCUUAUUGGGUGCAACCGUUGUACUGGUAUUGGCAACAAUUUUGGUGGCCUUUAUAUUGGUAUUGAUUUGUAAGAUCAAUCGUCGCCGACAUCGCCGACACCGAAAUCGGGAACGACAUAAAAACAGUGGUAGUGAUAGUAACUGUUCGCCAAAAUUUACAGAUACAGAUUUCAGGUCAAAGGUUAACAGCAAUAAUAAUAAUAACAAUAAAAAUACUAAUACGGGAACUAAUACUAUGAUCGACGACAAGUCGUUGUUUAAUGAUUAUUGCGAUACAAAAAGUCCUGAUAUUUUACAGCCGGCCAUUGAAUUUACCGAGUUGGGCCACAGUUCACAAGUGCUUCAAUGUUUGGCCAUGGAUUGGACCGAACUGUCCUCAAAUACUACCGGUGGUGUUGGUGGCUCGGCUACAUUAGUCGACUGUCUAGGCUAUACAACUAACGGUUCAAUACCCGGAAUUAAUUUAAUUAAUAAUAACAACUAG